CAGCUGGGCCCUGGAGGCUCGCCCGAAGCUCCACCUGCUCCUGGUGGCCGUCAGUGCGGUAACACGGGCUAUUUUUCUUCAAAUAAAGAACAUGGUGAAACUGGUUUGUACAUUAGCUGAUCAUGGUGAUGAUGUCAACUGCUGUGCCUUUUCCUUCUCCCUCUUGGCUACUUGCUCCUUGGACAAAACAAUUCGCCUGUAUUCCUUAAGUGACUUUACUGAAUUGCCACAUUCGCCAUUGAAGUUUCACACCUAUGCAGUCCACUGCUGCUGUUUCUCCCCUUCGGGACAUGUUUUGGCAUCCUGUUCAACAGAUGGAACCACUGUCCUGUGGAAUACUCAAAAUGGACAGACCUUGGCAGUCUUAGAACAGCCAGGCGGUAGCCCCGUGAGGGUUUGCUGCUUCUCCCCAGAAUCCAGUCGUUUGGCAUCAGGGGCAGCUGAUGGAACUGUUGUUUUGUGGAAUGCACAGUCCUACAAGGUAUAUAGAUGUGGUAGUGUUAAGGAUGGCUCCUUGGUAGCCUGUGUCUUUUCUCCUAACGGAAAGCUCCUUGUCACUGGCUCUUCAUGUGGAGAUUUAACAGUGUGGGAUGAUAAGAUGAGGUGUCUUCAUAGUGAAAAAGCUCAUGAUCUUGGGAUUACCUGCUGCGAUUUUUCUUCACAGCCAAUUUCUGAUGGAGACCAAGACUUUCAGUGCUUUCGAUUAGCAUCAUGUGGCCAGGAUUGCCAAGUCAAAAUUUGGAUUGUUUCUUUUACCCAUCUUUUAGGUUUGAAACUGAAAUAUAAAAGUACACUGAGUGUUCACUGUGCCCCUGUUCUGGCUUGUGCCUUUUCCCAUGAUGGGCAGAUGCUAGUUUCAGGAUCAGUGGAUAAGUCUGUCAUGAUAUAUGACACUAAUACUCAGAAUGUACUUCACACAUUGACUCAGCAUACCAGGUAUGUCACAACUUGUGCCUUUGCACCCAGUACCCUUUUACUGGCUACCGGCUCAAUGGACAAGACAGUGAACAUUUGGCAGUUUGACCUAGAAACAGUUUCUCAAGCAAGGAGCACGGAAGAUCAGCUAAAGCAAUUUACUGAAGAUUGGUCAGAAGAGGAUGUCUCAAUCUGGCUUUGUGAACAAGGUUUACAAGACCUUGUUGGUAUUUUCAAGAUGAAUAACAUUGAUGGAAAAGAACUGUUGAAUCUUACAAAAGAAAGUUUGGCUGAUGAUUUGAAAAUUGAAUCUCUAGGGCUGCGGAGUAAAGUGGUGAGGAAAAUAGAAGAGCUCAAGACCAAGAUGAAUUCUCUUUCUUCUGGAAUUCCUGAUGAAUUUAUAUGUCCAAUAACUAGAGAACUUAUGAAAGAGCCUGUUAUUGCAUCAGAUGGCUAUUCAUAUGAAAAAGAAGCAAUAGAAAAUUGGAUCAGCAAAAAGAAACGUACAAGUCCCAUGACAAAUCUUGUCCUUACUUCAGUGGUACUUACACCAAACAGAACUCUGAAAAUGGCCAUCAACCGAUGGCUAGAGACACAUCAAAAAUAAAGUUGUUGGGCUGGGCGUGGUGGUGUAGUGUAACCCCCAGCUUCUUGGGAGGCAGAGGUAGAAGGACCACCUCCACCUGAUUGCCUUACUCAAGGCCAGCCUGAGGAAAGUUGACACAAGAACCUAUUUGAAAGACAAACUACAAAAGGGCUGGGGGCAUGGCUCAGCUAUUAUAUAGCUUGCUAGCAAACACAAGGUCCUGAGUUCAAACCCCAGUAUUGCAACAACCAAAAAUUAGUGAUCUUGCUUGAAUGAUUUAAAGGUAAACAUGGAUUAAAAUCAAAUUAACCUCUCUACAAAAAUAGGAUGCCUUUGCAUCCUAAAUAUGGAAUAUCAAAACAGAAGGAAAAAGGUAAGCAAAUUAAAACUAGUCACAUAAAAAUUGUCACUUUACAUUCUUUAAACAAAUGGACUGAAUUACACUAAUUUUAUCCUCUUUUUACUAUAGAGUAAAUAUCUUUUUGUACCUGUGAAAAAGACUAUGUAAAAAUAAAAUUUCACUGUGGUUUUAA